CAAAUACCAGUUUGCAAUAUAAAGUAGCAUAACGGACUGUUUUUGUACAGCUAAAAGUAACUGGAAGCAAAUGAGGUUAGGCAUAAGGUGGAUGCACGUGUAUUGUUAUAAUGGCAGUUGGCUGUGUCUUAUCGGCUUGCUCUGAUUUAUACAGAUGGAUACCCCUCGGUGUAAUACACUCCCACUGUGAGAUGGUCACAGUGCUUUAGCUUUCUUUAAUGGAAGUAGACGGCGUGAUGUUUUUGUGUCAUGAUCUCUCAACUGAUGCAUUUUCCUUGUUCUCAGAGUGCAGAUGGAAAGAUCUCCAUCUAUCAGUGUGAUUUAUACAAGUUCUCCAGUGCUGUUGCAGGAAAGUUCGGAGGAAUUUGGGAUAGAGGAGCGCUGGUGGCUAUAAACCCAUGUGACAGGCGAAAGUAUGCUACUCUCCUUAUGUCCUUAAUGAACAAUGACUGCAGAUACCUUCUGGACACAGUGGAAUAUAAUUCUGAGCUGUAUAAAGGUCCACCAUUCUUUGUAUCGGAAGAGGAUGUAAAAAAUGAAUUUGGAGGUGGAUGUGACAUUGAAUUGCUGGAGUCUGUAGAUGCCUUUGGGGAAAAGUACAAAUCAUGGGGACUAGAUUCACUGAUAGAGGAAGUGUACCUUCUUACUCUAAAAGCCCAUUGAUCAAUCAUCAAAUCUACUGGAGGGUGAUUCAAAAGUAAAGAUUACUUAAUAAUGCAAUAAAUAAUUCAGAAAAAUACAGUGUUAUUGGAAGACAAUUUGCAAUUUUCUAUUUUGAUAACAGUGGCCUGAAAAGUUACUGACUCAAUAGUUAAACGUAAUGUCAAAGAUUUUAAUAA